AUGAAGCAACAGGGGGAGAAGCUAAUGAGCUGGAAUGACUGCAAAAGGUUACCUUGGAACCUGAUUUUGCUUCUAGGAGCUGGUUUUGCGAUAGCUGAUGGAGUACAAUCCAGUGGCUUAGCGGAUGUGCUAUCAAGAGCCUUGGAUUUCUUAGAGGAUGCCCCAUACUUGGCCAUUGUUCCUGCUGUUAGUCUAAUAUGUAGCAUUAUUACAGAGUUCAUCACCUCCAACGAUGCUACUGCCACCCUUCUUGUACCACUUCUCUAUCACAUAGCCAGAACAAUGCAUGUGCACCCGCUUCUUCUUAUGGUACCUGGAGGAAUAGCAACCGAGUUUGCUUUCUGGCUUCCAACUUCAACACCAUCAAAUGUAGUUGGCUUUGCCACUGGACACAUAGAAAUUAAAGACAUGCUCAAAGUUGGUGUGCCACUCAAGGUUGCUGGUAUUGUUGUGCUAUCUCUUCUCAUGCCAUCACUAGGGACAUUUGUUUUUGGAACAAAUACUGGUUCUUAA